AAGGACAGUUUCUCUGUCCUGGGCUGCUUUCCUCCACCACACUCUGCUGCCAUGAUGUUCUGCCUCACCUGGUACCCUGAGGAAUGGACUUGGUCUUCUGUGGAUUGAGAGCUCUAAAACUGCUUAUGCACCAGAGCAGCAAUGGCAAUUUGGUGGACUACUGCGGGGGUCCAGCAUAUAGCUCUUACCCCACCCUCACAGGACCUCUUACCAUGGAUGAUAACAGAAGGAUUCAGAUGCUAGCAGACACUGUGGCUACUUUGCCUCGAGGACGAAAGCAGCUUGCUUUGACUCGAUCAAGUUCUUUGGGUGAAUUUUCCUGUUCUCAAAGAAAGCUUGUUACUGUGGAAAAGCAGGACAAUGGAACAUUUGGAUUUGAAAUUCAGACCAACAGGCUCCAGAAUCAGAACAUCUGCUCCUUGGAAUUGUACACUAUGAUCUGCAAAAUACAGGAGGACAGUCCAGCUCACCUUGCUGGUCUGCAAGCUGGUGAUGUCCUUGCAAAUAUCAAUGGUGUGAGCACAGAAGGCUUUACACACAAGCAAGUGGUUGACCUGAUCAGAUCCUCAGGAAACAUGCUAAGGAUAGAGACUCUUAAUGCAACAACCAUUCUCAGAAGAACAGAACUUGAAGAAAAGCUGCAGGUUUUAAAGCAAACCUUGAAGAAAAAAUGGGUGGAGUACAGGUCUCUGCAGUUACAGGAACAGCGCCUGCUUCAUGGUGACGCAGGUAGCUGCCCAAGUUUAGAAAACAUGGACAUGGAUGAUUUGUCUUUGUUUGGAAUCCUGCCUGGGCCAGCCUCAGACCUCCUGGACCGGAAUCGCUUAUCCAGCGAGAGCAGCUGUAAGAGCUGGCUGAGCUCCAUGACAGUGGACAGUGAGGACGGCUACGGGACAAGUGUGUCCGAGGACUCAAACCGGGGUGCCUUCAGCCGGCAGACAAGCACUGAUGAUGAGUGCUUCGUCUCCAGGGAUGGGGAGGAUUUUCUGAGGAGGGCUUCUUCAAGGCGGAAUCGGAGCAUCAGUGCCACCAGCAAUGGGUCCCUGUCUCCCCUGUGGGAAGACAAUUACUCAAGCAUGUUUGGGACUCUGCCCAGGAAAAGCAGAAGGGGAAGUGUCCGCAAACAACUCUUGAAAUUCAUUCCUGGCCUUCACCGAGCUGUGGAAGAGGAAGAGAGUCGCUUUUGAUGGGUCAUUCUGCCCUUUUGGAUUGGCCCAUUUCACAGUAGUCACUGGACUCCACCAGAUCAGCUCCACCCAGCUCGGUGGGAAAGUGUGGAUGGAUUGCAAAACUGACAUCCCAUUUCACAGCAAUGGUGACCUCUAUUUAAAAUUUCAUGACGUUAUUUUUAUUUCUGAAUCAUUUUUCAACCAGAGCAGUUCAAGUUCAAAACAGGCCUUAGGGAAAUUAAGUAAUAAGUUAGGUAGUAAAACAAAUUAAUGCAAGUGCCUGAUUCUGAUGCUGCCUGUUCACAGGAGUAAUGCAAGGAGUAAUGUUUACUUUCCAGAUUAUGCAUAUGAAAAAUUGAGAAUUUUUGGAGUCAAGUGUGAAUAGGGAGUGACAGAAUAUAAUAAUUUGGUUACAAAACCUUGUUUGCUUAAGCUCAGUAGCCUCUGGAGAGCCCCAGGAUAAGGCAGGUUUGAAUGGUUCUGUUCAGAUAUUUAAAGGGUUAUAAGCAAAGAUUUACAUCCAUACUCAUAAUAAAGCAUAAAGUGUAAGGUUUAAUAUAAGAGGUUGCACUUCAUGUGAAAGAUAAGGUAUGAGAUGGGUACCAAGGAAGACCAUAAAAAAGAUUCUUGUUAUAGGAUGUCUAAACAAAAGGAGUGGGGAUCUCAUUCUCUUUGUCCAAUUCAAUUUUCAUUCUGCCUGAGCGUUAACAACAGUCUGGGAUUCUCAGCAUCCUAUCGCUUGGUGACUAUUUUUUUUUUAAGUGUCCAAAAUCCAGAAAGUUAAGAGUUCAGAAAACAAUUUCCCUCCUGUAGAUUUUUUUUCACAUAUUUCUAUUCUACGUAUUCCAAAUGAUGAUCAUCUCAGCAUUCUUUAUUCAUUUGUAUCAAUUACAUUUUUUCAAUCAUGCUAUAUUUUAUUCAAUAUUCAUUAAAAUCCAUGACUUCUUUGUU